AUGAAGGCGUACAGAGGAGAAGACGGUAGGGUUCUCAUGUUUCGUCCAGAGCUAAAUGCGAUGCGUAUGAAGACUGGAGCUGAGAGAAUGUGUAUGCAUUCUCCUUCUGUUCAGCAGUUUAUGGAAGGUGUCAAGCAGACCGUUCUUGCAAACAUACGUUGGGUUCCUCCUCAAGGAAAAGGCUCCUUGUAUCUAAGACCGUUGUUGUUUGGUAGUGGAGCAAGCUUGGGUGUGUCUGCAGCAUCAGAGUACACUUUUCUUGUGUUUGGCUCUCCUGUUCAAAACUAUUUUAAGGAAGGCACAGCAGCGUUGAACCUCUACGUUGAGGAGGUGGUUCCACGAGCGUAUCUUGGAGGAACUGGUGCCGUUAAGGCCAUUUCUAAUUACGGUCCAGUGCUUGACGUGAUGAGAAGAGCGAAAGCGAGAGGGUUUUCGGAUGUUUUAUAUCUUGAUGCAGAAACAAAGAAGAACAUAGAAGAAGUUUCUGCUGCUAAUAUAUUCCUUGUGAAGGGGAAUACAAUAGUGACUCCAGCUACAAAUGGGACGAUACUGAGAGGGAUCACACGAGAGAGUGUUAUCGAAAUUGCACUUGAUCUUGGUUAUAAGGUGGAAGAAAGAGUAGUUCCGGUAGAUGAACUGAAGGAAGCAGAAGAAGUUUUCUGCACUGGAACUGCCGCUGGAAUUGCUUCUGUUGGAAGCAUCACGUUUCAAAACAUAAGGACUGAGUACAAAUUGGGAGAUGGGCUAGUUACACAGCAACUUCAGUCUAUUCUUGUCGGAAUACAAACUGGUUCUAUCCAAGACACUAAGAACUGGGUUGUUGAGAUUGACUAAUUUGAGAGAAAAAAAAACUAUACUAUUAUGUUGCACUCUUUUGAUGUAUCAAAAGAUUUGUAACUUGAAAAUGGGUUUUGUCCAAUGGUCGUUUGUAAUAUAAAUUUAUUCAGA